GGGCCGCUGGAGGCCUGCUGAUUGGCGGUGGUGUGCGCCGGCCCCGCCCCGCCGGUGAAGGUGAGCGUCUCCUCCAGGCUCACCGCGCCGCCUGUGACGGACCGCAGCAGAGCGGAGCGGUCGCGCAGCGCCGCCAUGGCCGCCUCCAUCUUCGCCGCCGUCCCCCGCGCCCCGCCUGUCGCCGUCUUCAAGCUCACGGCGGAUUUCCGGGAGGACGGGGAUGCGCGGAAGGUCAACCUGGGCGUGGGCGCCUACCGCACGGACGAGGGGAAGCCAUGGGUGCUGCCGGUGGUGAAGAAGGUGGAGCAGAUGAUCGCCAACGACAACAGCCUGAACCACGAGUACCUGCCCAUCCUGGGCCUGCCCGAGUUCCGGGCCAAUGCCUCCCGGAUCGCCCUGGGUGAUGACAGCCCCGCCAUCAAAGAGAACCGGAUCGGAAGUGUUCAGGCCUUGGGCGGGACAGGCGCUCUGCGUAUCGGUGCAGAGUUCCUGAGGCGGUGGUACAAUGGAAACAACAACACAGCGACCCCCGUCUACGUUUCCAGUCCGACGUGGGAGAACCACAACUCUGUGUUUAUGGAUGCUGGCUUUAAAGAUAUUAGAACCUACCACUACUGGGAUGCUGCCAAGAGGGGUCUGGAUCUUCAGGGACUGCUGAAUGACAUGGAGAAAGCCCCAGAAUUCUCCAUUUUCAUCCUCCAUGCCUGUGCGCACAACCCAACAGGCACAGACCCCACUCCAGACCAGUGGAAGCAGAUUGCUGCUGUUAUGAAGCGUCGGUUCCUGUUUCCAUUCUUCGACUCAGCGUACCAAGGCUUUGCCUCUGGCAGCCUGGAUAAGGAUGCCUGGGCUGUGCGAUACUUUGUCUCCGAGGGCUUUGAGUUCUUCUGUGCACAGUCAUUUUCCAAGAACUUUGGGCUCUACAAUGAACGUGUGGGGAACCUGACUGUGGUGGGGAAGGAUGCAGACAAUGUGCAGCGUGUACUUUCACAGAUGGAGAAGAUUGUGCGCACCACUUGGUCCAACCCCCCUUCCCAGGGAGCACGCAUUGUGGCAACUACACUUUCUUCACCGCAGCUCUUUGCUGAGUGGAAGGACAACGUGAAGACGAUGGCAGAUCGGGUCUUGCUGAUGCGGUCAGAUCUUCGGUCUCGCCUGGAAUCCCUUGGGACCCCGGGCACCUGGAGCCACAUUACGGAACAGAUCGGCAUGUUUAGCUUCACAGGGUUGAACCCUAAGCAGGUGGAGUACAUGGUCAAGGAAAAACACAUCUACCUGAUGGCUAGUGGGCGCAUCAACAUGUGUGGCCUGACUACCAAAAACCUGGACUAUGUGGCCCAGUCCAUCCAUGAAGCCGUCACAAAAAUCCAGUGAAGCACCUGAACAACCAAACUUACAUGAAGUCACCAAAGCUGUAGUGCAUAGUCCGUGUCUUUUCCUGCUCAUGGCUUGCCUUUUCUCAUACCUCUUGGGGUUUAAUAAAGAUGGGAGUGGUAGCUCAAUCAGGGAUAAUUGUCUUUUGACCUUUUUGAAAUAUCCCUUGCAAUGUGGUAAGCCAGUGCCUCCAGGAGGGUCGGGGGCAGCAUGAGCUGCCUUGGGUCUUGUUUGACUGACAGCAGCAUGGUCCCUGGGCACUUAGAGCUGCAUCUUUAGCACAUCCAAAUCAACUCCACGUAACUGAUCAGUUUGAUCUAGGCGAAGUCUGGUGUCAGUGCAAUGCACUGUGGGUAACAGCCCAGUUGGUUGGGAUCUUCUACAGCUUGUGAACUGAUGUCACUCAGUAGUAUUUUGGGGAGGGGGUGAAGCUGUUGAUGGCUUUUCCCCAACCAGUUCUGAGCCUUAUGCAAACAAACAUUUGUAAUUGUGAUAAUUGCUUCUUCAUAUUGCUGACAGAAAAUUAAAACUCCAUCUGUACACUA